AUGAGACAAGAGUCAGCCCAUAUCCUCUGGAAAGCCAAACUUACUAGUCAAAACAUCAACAGGGAAAAGCGCUUAGCGCUUCAAAGCCUAAAACAGAAUGACUACAUCCUCAUUCUGCCAGCAGACAAAGGCAAUGCGACAGUGGUGAUGGACAAAAGAGACUAUCACAACCAAGUCAACACCUUACUGUCAGACGCCCAAGUCUACAAAAAACUCAAACGCGAUCCAACCUUCAGCGUAGAGAAGAAAACUUCCUUCCUUAUCAAGAAGCAACAUGGGGAGCCCCCCACCUACCAGCUAGCCCGCUUCCUCACCAAACCUCUUCAAAAACUCACCGGCCUUAACGAUUCCCAUAUCAGGAACUCAAUGGAUUUCGUGAACAAGAUCACCAAGAUCAAAACCAAACCCAACGACAUCCUAAACACUGCCUCACUUCCACUUAUUUCCAUUUCCAAGGAGAAUUCUUCGAACAAACCACGGGAGCAGCAAUGGGAUCCCCCAUAUCACCCAUCAUUGCGAACAUCUUUAUGGAACACUGAGAACGAAAUCCUGAAGAAGGCUCCACUAAAACCCUCCACGUGGUUCAGAUACGUGGACGACACCUUCUUCAUCUGGAACCACGGAAGGGAAACCCUACCUCAAUUUCUUACGUUUAUCACCUCCCAGCACCCUAACAUCCAAUUCCCAAUGGAGAUUGAACAAAACUCCCAAAUUCCCUUCCUGGAUGUAUUCGUCCGCAGGAACGAGGAUGGCACCUUAGGCCACAACGUCUACCGUAAACCGACACACACGGACCGAAACCUCCAUAGCAUCUCGGAACCAGCUGCCCUGGACGGAGAACUAAACCACCUCCACCGAGCCCUAACAAGGAAUGGAUACAGUAGCAGAAACAUCAACCGUACGACCCAGAAGCUGACAAAGAAGGAACCCAUCCUUAACGACACCAGGAUGCCAGAGGCAGAGAAAGAGAAGAAAAAGGCGGUGGUACUCCCGUACCUCCGAGGCACGACGGACCGCAUCAGCAGAGUCUUGAGCAAACAUAACAUAAGAGUGAUAUUCAAACCACACAACAAACUCUCUCAAAUGCUCCCCAAUCCCAAGGAUCGGAGACCCCAUUUGGCAGCCUCAGUGGUCUACAAAAUCCCAUGCGCUUGCGGAAAAGUGUACAUAGGAGAAACCGAGAGGAAGAUCA